AUUUCGUCCCUUUGGCAGCGACCGGUUGAAGAUCUCCCCCUCCUCCUCGGAGUAUGUGACGUGCGCCGUCCAACUUCCUCCUCGUCUUCGUGCUCUCUGUGUGUCUGUGCUCCGAUUGCGAGAGUUUGAAGGACAGGAUUCGCGGAGAGUAUCGGAAUUGGGAAAUUUGGGGAAGGGAUGGGAUGAAGGGCAUGAGGGUUGUUUUUUCCUGGGACGUUUUAAGAAAAUUGGAUUUAUUUUAUUCGAUUCGAUUCGGUUGACUUGGAUUGGCUUGGCUUGGCAUGGACGAGGGUGGAUGUGACGGGAGCCUAGAAGGGAGGAUUGGGAGAUUUUACAGGCUGCGAUGUUUGUUUUCUGAUCGCGUCACCGUUGUUUGGGGCUGAUGGCGUGGAGAAUUUUUUCGUGUUUGAUUCGUUGUGGUCUAUAGGGUUUUGAGUGCUUGUCGUGAUUGAUCUCUUGCAAGUUGUGCAUGGGCCAUGUUCGGGGAUGGGGAUACGGAGGCGGGGAGACAGAGGGAGCGAGAAGCUGUUUUCGCCUUGUUCAUUCAAAAUGCCCACAAGGUUCUCGAUUGUGUGCAGCAACCCUUUUUUCCUUUCUCUAGCUGUGUCGCUCGAGCUCCACCGCUUCUCCACAUUCUUCAUCUUCAAACCGAAGACGCGGAGACCGUGUUGAAUGAGUUCGAAGACAUAGUCGACGAGCGCAUCACACAAAAUUGUCAUCUACCUCGAAGAACUGUGAACAGCAAUUUCGCUAGGCACCUCUCUGCUCUUGAUAAUAACAGCAAUCCUGUCAAAAUAAAUUGCCGCAGUGGUUCCUGUUGAUAGUUCAGCGUCAGAGAUGAGAACUGGCGGGGUUUUAUAUUGGAUCUGGAAAAGAGUUCAAACUUUGCAAACCCAGCAGAUUUUCAUUCAGAGAUCCAAAUAAGCGAACUCUAGGCUUCCUCUAAGAAGCAUUUGAUGAACUGGACCACCUGCUGCAGCAAGCGUAGCAUUAGUUCAGCCUGCAGCUGCGCCAAGUUUCUGUGCAUUGGAGAUAUGCUCACUCGUAAGCUGUCAUGGUGAUGAUCACGUUAAGGAGUCGAUGCAUUGUUCAAAGCAGUACUUUCGCAAGGCUCCGGCCUUCUCUAAUGUGAAGACCGUGCGGGACGUGCGGCCGAGUUUCCCAAUGAUUCCGGCUGCUGUUGAAGAGGGACUCUAUGGACGAUCAUUAACAUGCCUCUAUAUACUGGACUGUCUCUCGGAAGCAUGAAGGUGUCAUGGAGCAGCGUGAUAUGGAGAGCUUGUUUGGGGUUGACCUGACUCUCCUGGGUUGUUAAACCCAACCUAGAUUAUGAUUGACUGCCUCGUGAGGCAUUGUCGGUGGACAGCAUACUUCCAUAUCGUCCCAUCACCAGGAACAGGAUGAUAAACCGUAAGCCGAGGAUGACAUCGUAUGACAGAUUAAUUUUAGAACCUAGAGGGUUGGAAUGACCUUAGUUCAUGGUUUCGGCAUCAGUGCGGCAGCCCAGAUCUCAGACAACCUUGUUCAUCGCAAUGAUAACGAGGCACGAGAAAGAACUGAAGAAACAGGAGGAGAAGAGGAAGCAGGAGGCUAUGAAAAUAUGGAACCAAAAGACAUUAAGAAUGAAUCAAAAGAAGAUUGGCGAGGAGAGGAGAUUAAGAGAAUUACAAAGACAAAAGCUAGAAGAAACCAUGGGUACUCAAGAGGAGGAGAAGAAACAGAAGCAAAUGGAGGAGAAGAGGCUUAGAGAGCUACACCGGCAAAAAAUGGAAGAAUUUAGAAAAACCCAAGAGAAACUGAAGGAGGAAAGGGAUCGGAAAUUUCAGGAGAAUGAGAGACGGAAGAAAGAAAUGUUGAGGAAGAAGCAAGAAGAAACAGCAAAGCUGCGUGAAGAGGAAAAGAUGAGACGAGAACACAAAAAGAAGCUAGCCGAAGAGCAGAGGGACCAGGAAGAACAGAGGAGAAUAGAUGAAGAGAUGGGUCGUUGGAGACGAGAGGAGAACAACAGGAGAAGCAAAGAGGAGAUGAUGAAAGUGACAAUCAACGACCAAGUGAAGCUUGAAAGCCAGAGGCAGCGGGUUGAAGAAGUUAUGAGAAUGUCCAGGGAGUUGGCAUUUAACGGAGGAGCCUUUAGAGACGGAGCAGAAAAUUGUGCUCACAGCAAGGAAGAAAAUGCAAACUCCACUCCACCAGCAAGAACUCAAGCAGGCAGUGCUGGGGAAGAAACAUUCAAUGAUAAUCAGCAGGAUCAACAUCACAUAGGAGAAAGAUCCCAACAAGAGCAAGAACAGGAGAGUAGAAGAGAGGCUCAAGAGGCUAGACACAAACGAUAUCAGGAAGAGCGUCAAUGCACGACGUUGGAGGACGACCUGCAGAAACUGAUCCAAAAAGCAUCUGCUUUGGCAACUCUGGUCGAUGAUGCAGAAUCUAUUGGGACUUCGGAUGAACUUGAUUCUCUAGGGAGUUACGAAGGAAGACGGGAUCUCGCUCAUUGUCUCCGGGACAACAGCACUAAAGAAAAGGGAGAGCCCGGUUAUGCAAGAAAAAAUUUACCACUCUGCGCCGACGGCCAUGAGGGCAUGACUUAUCUUUACGACAGACUCGAGGAGAAAAGGAGUAAGCAACUAGUCAUCAAGAAACCCAGCAGCAAAAAGUCAAGGCCUAAGAAGGUGGACUUACUUCCAAAACAUUGUGGGCUUCCUUACAGCAAGAGCCUCGGCACCAAGGCACCGAGAGGCGUGCUGGAGCCUAUUCCCUUCUUGAAGUUCGAUGGGAGCCCUUGUUUUGGACAUGGACCUGCUAGAAACUACGUCAUAAGGAGAUGACAUCUGCUUUGAAAGAGAUAGAAAAUUAUCAGAUAGUAAUGACGUUGUUGGUACUAUAUCAGUGCCAACAUAUGUUGAUAUUGGGGCACUCUUAAGAGAUUUCAGAAUCUUAUCUCAUGCACGAAGUACAUAUCCACAUUUUUAGUAUGUGCAUACUCCUACUUUGCAAUCACAUCUGGAGACGACCUUGUCGGACAUGGGUGGGAUCCACUUAAUGUAGACCCCAGCUACAAGACGGAUCGUUGCGAGGAUUGAGUAUCAACUAGAUCUCAAGUUAACUCUCAAUUGGGGUAGUGUAGCUGAAAUAAGGAGCAUGCAGAUGAUACUCAGACUUCAUGUCUCCGAGCUGCUGUACUUUCCACUUUUCCUCGGUUUAAGAAGCUCUGACCCUCGAAUUCUUCAAUGGAAGCAAUAAAGUGUAAAAGGUCUGCUGUACAUGCAUUUGA